AUGUCAUGUGUUCUUUAUAUGAAUUCGACACCAUUGAGCGAAGUUGAAUCAAUUGAAUCAACUUCAAACCAUGAGGAUGGUACUGUGCAGAGUCUGGAAAGUGGGACAAGCUGUUAUGCAAAUAGUGCGGAUACUGCAUCAAGUAGCUCGACUCCGCCAGCAACGGCUCCAUUGAAAAAAUUUCGUAACGUACGCAAAAGUAAUAUCUAUUCAUGUGUAGUUUGCGGAGAUAAGCCAACAGGAUAUCACUACGAUGUACUCAGCUGUAACGGAUGCAAAACAUUUUUUCGCCGAACAAUUAUAAAUAACAGAAAAUUUUCUUGCACAAAAGGCGGAACAUGUCAAUUUAACAAAGACUUUCGUUGCGCAUGCAGAGCGUGCCGAUUUGCCAAAUGCAUCAAUGUUGGGAUGAAUGCCAAAGGUAUCCAGUUUCCUAGCCGUGCAAAUGUGAAUAUACAGGAAGACUGCGAUGAACCAACGGGCAGUGGAACAAAUACGGAUAUGGAUCUGUCACAAGAUUGCACCACGGUCGAAACUUAUUCCCCAAAAAGAUCGGAUACAGAGGGCUCUCCUUAUGGUUCACCAGUAGGGACAAGACUUCAAUGCAGUAUCCCCCAUUUGGACUUGCGAAUAACAGAGGAUUUCAAACUUAUGAACAUCAUUGAUUCUUUGGUGACAAGAGAAAAUUGCACAAAGUACUUGCGAAGGCUGGACUAUCCUGUAUUUUGUGAGUCUACUUUGAAGAAAAUUCUCAAGGAGCCAACUAUCAUAGGACGACUAAAAUUUGAUAAGAACUUUUCUCAUUCGCAACUCAAUCAAUAUCGAGAAAAUCCUAUAAAAUUCUGGAUGGUUGUCGACCUGUUCCUUGCUGUUGAAUACGCUAAAACGUUUCAGAGUUUUGCCAACCUGUGCGAAGAUGAUAAACAAAAACUACUUGCGCAUGCUGGAGGUUUGAUAGUGAUCGCUUCUCAAGCGUUUUACACCCUCGAGCAAAAAGAAGAAAGCAUUACUUUCCCAGACGGCAUCAAUGCGCUGAGAGUGCAACUGCAGCAGAACGGGCGACAUCAGUUCGCAAACUACUAUCGAGAGACGUACGCACGCCCAGUUGAUCUCGUCCGGACACUAAACAUGACAAGGGAACAGUUCGCGCUUUUCAAAGCGAUUUUAUUGUUCAGUCCAAAUGAUCUAGAUCUGACACCUCAAGGCAGAGCAGAGAUUGACAUUGAACGUGAAAGGCUAACGUCCGCUUUAAGAAAGUGUCUCCUGCAAGAAUUGGGUCCAAGUGCGGGAUUUGAAAAGCUGGCCAACAUACUUCUCGCGAUCGCAACUCUUGUGGAACUAACUGAGAAACGGCGAAACUACCUAGAAGUUUGUGAUUUGAUGUCCACCGUAACGCUCUCGUCCUUGGCUAAGAGCAUAUAUCUGAAAAGGUUCAAUCUAUGACUUCGUAUCUCAUUAUUGUACAUUACUUUUACGUAGAGUAGUAACC